UUAAAGGGGUGCUCUUCCCUUCAUUUCUUUCAUCACAAACCUCCAUAAACCAUAGAGGAGAAACAUCUUAUCUUCUCAACACUCUUGAGUUUUUGAAAUGGCUGUGAACCUUCUAUCUUAUGACAAUGCAGAUGACGAUUACAUUGAUAUGGAAGUAAGCUCAUACACCAAUUUCUUUAGAAACUCCAUGGCCAUGAACUCUCCUCCUCACACGAGGGAGUUUGAGUUCCAGAUGUCUUCAACUUGUCAUGAGAGGGAACCUUCAACUUCUCCUGCUGAUGAGCUUUUUUACAAAGGGAAACUCCUUCCUCUUCACCUUCCGCCGCGUCUGCAAAUGGUCGAAAAACUCCUUGAGAACACAAAUUGUGUUUAUGACAACACAAAAGAUGCAUUUGAUCAAGAUUUCUUUAGCACUCCUUUGGCCACUACCCUCACCACACCAACUACAACUAGUACCCCAUUUGAGUCCUGCAAUAUUUCACCGUCUGAAUCUUGUCAGGUUAGUCGAGAGCUGAAUCCGAAUGAGUACUUCUUCGAGUACUCAACCGAUGAAGUUAGUGGUUUUAUUGGCGAAAAUCAGAAGAAGUCCUGGACUAAAAAGCUGAAGCUGAUCAAACAAUCUGCAAUUGGUUCAAAGUUGAAGGCCUCCAAGGCUUAUUUCAAGUCAUUGUUUGGUAAAUCCGGUUGCUCUGAUGAGUCCUGUACGGCUGCCACAAAAGUUUCAAGUGAAGGACAGGUUUCAAAGGCUAAGGAGUGUUUAAAUAAUUAUGUGAAUGUGGCAAAGAAAAAUCCAUUCGGUCAAAUUCAGAAGGGUAAAUACCAAACUUCGGGUGGUCUAAUGAGAAGUUUCGACAAAGGAAAGAUUACUGAAGAUAGUGCAAAUUGCCAUAGGAGAUCAUUCUCAAUGGUUAUCAAGCGGCACUCAACAAACAAGUCCUCAUCUUCUUCAUCAUCAUCCGGCUCUUCUUCGUCUUCAAGUUCUAACGACACUAACGGGUUCCAUGAGCUCCAAUUUCUCAAGAGAAGUAGCAGCAGUGCUUAUUCAGAGUUUGAGAAUUCUGUCCAGGGAGCAAUUGCACAUUGCAAACAGUCUCAGCAGCUAUUCCAUACCAGAAAGACUUUAAGCGACGUUGGGUUUCAUUCAUUUUCAGCUUCCAGGAUUACAGUUAGUGAUGAUCAAGAAAGACAAGACCUUGGCAGGGGCUAAAACAAGAACAAAGUUCAAAUUUUUUUACCCAUGUGCUCCAAUUUUCUUCUUUCGUAAUUUUGAUAAUGGAUAUGCUUUGAUUCAGAGAAAAAAAAAUAUUAUCCAUGAUGUCCUGGAUUGUUAGACCUGUUCAUCCUGCAGAAGAUUCUGAAAAAGCCCAAUAAAAUUCUUUU